AAAUUCUGCCGUUUUCCGCCAUGUUGGAUGUGUGUAGGGUGAAAGCAUGGCGGCAGAAAUGAGAUUACCAGCAGUUCACAAAUUCAUUUCAUUACCAACAUCACAAUCACAGGACGACAAACAACUGGUGGUCCCUGGAGAAGUGAUCACAUCUGACACUGGAUUUAUGAGAGGUCAUGGCACAUACAUGGAUGAAGACAGACUCACAGCAUCAGUUGCUGGAGAAGUGGAGCGAGUGAAUAAACUCAUCUGCGUGAAACCACUGAAGACCAGAUUCAACGGUGAAGUUGGGGAUGUGAUUGUCGGCAGGGUUACGGAGGUGCAGCAGAAACGCUGGAAAGUGGAAACAAACUCUCGGCUGGAUUCUGUGUUGCUGCUCUCUUCAGUGAAUUUACCUGGAGGAGAACUGAGACGUCGAUCAGCUGAGGACGAGCUGGCCAUGAGAGAUUAUCUUCAGGAGGGUGAUCUCAUCAGUGCAGAGGUUCAGUCCAUCUUUUCUGAUGGCGCUCUUUCUCUGCACACUCGCAGUUUGAAGUAUGGAAAGCUGGGUCAAGGUGUGCUUGUACAGGUUUCACCAUCUCUAGUGAAGAGACAGAAAACUCAUUUCCACAAUCUUCCGUGUGGUGCCUCCAUCAUCCUGGGAAACAAUGGGUAUGUGUGGCUGUAUCCCACACCCGAUCAGCAGGAUGAAGAGGCUGGAGGAUAUUUCACCAGCUUAGAGCCUGUGUCCCUGUCAGAUCGAGAGGUGAUUUCUCGCUUGAGGAAUUGUUUGUUGGCUCUGUCGGCUCAUAAGGUUGUGCUGUAUGACACAAGUGUGCUUUACUGCUACGAGUCUUCUCUUUCACAUCAGAUUAAAGAUAUCCUGAAACCAGAGGUGAUGGAGGAGAUUGUUCUGGAGACACGACAGCGCCUUGUCGAGCAUGAGUGCUAAAGUAUUUAAAACCGUUGCUUUGACUACAAACUGAUGUUUAUUUUAGUAUCUGUGCUGUAAUAUACCAGCUAUUUUUCUUUGAAUAAAAACGUGUAUCUGA